GGACAGUGAAUCAAACAACAACGUCGACAACAACAGCUCUUAUCCGGGCCACCAUGGAGUUUCUUGAAAGAACUUCCCUGGUGAAUGACAAAGCCCCUAAGAUGUACGCCUUCACACUAGACAGUGCAGAACUCCAACAGAAACCUGUGAAUAAAGAUCAAUGUCCUGGAGAGAAGCCAGAGGCACCUGAGGCAGGAGGCAUUUAUCACUGCCACAGCAACUCCAAGGCCACCGAGAGCAGGGUGAAGGAGCAAGCGCACGCCAAGUGGAAACUCUGCGCGGCCUCGGCGAUAUGCUUCAUCUUCAUGAUUGCGGAGGUCGUGGGUGGGCACAUUGCUGGGAGUCUUGCUGUCGUCACGGAUGCUGCCCACCUCUUAAUUGACCUGACCAGUUUCCUGCUCAGUCUCUUUUCCUUGUGGUUGUCAUCAAGGCCUCCCUCUAAGCGGCUGACGUUUGGGUGGCACCGAGCAGAGAUCCUUGGUGCCCUGCUGUCCAUCCUUUGCAUCUGGGUGGUGACUGGUGUGCUGGUGUACCUAGCCUGUGAGCGCCUGCUGCACACCGACUACCAGAUCCAGGCAACCGUGAUGAUCCUCGUUGCAGGCUGCGCAGUGGUGGCCAAUAUUAUACUAGCUGUGGUUUUGCACCAGAGACACCUUGUCCACAAUCACAACGAAGUACAAGCUAACGCCAGUGUCAGAGCAGCUUUUGUGCAUGCCCUUGGAGAUGUAUUUCAGAGCAUCAGUGUGUUAAUCAGCGCUCUUAUUAUCUACUUUAAGCCAGACUACAAAGUAGCUGACCCAAUCUGCACAUUUAUCUUCUCCAUUCUGGUGCUGGCCAGCACUGUCAUGAUCUUAAAGGACUUCUUCAUCUUACUUAUGGAAGGUGUACCAAAGGGCCUGAAUUACAAUGUUGUGAAAGAGCUCAUCCUGGCAGUCGAUGGCGUUGUCUCUGUGCACAGCCUGCACAUCUGGUCUCUAACAACGAACCAAGUGAUCCUCUCUGUUCAUGUUGCCACAGCAGCCAGCCGGGACAGCCAGAUUGUCCGGAGAGGAAUUGCUAGAGCUCUCAGCAAUAGCUUUCCUGUGCAUGCACUCACGAUUCAGGUGGAGUCUCCAGUCGACCAGGACCCUGCCUGCCUUUUCUGUGAAGACCCCCGGGACUAGUUCAGUCACACUGUCAGCUUCCUCUGUUUGAUAGACCACAACAUGCUGCUAGGCAACUUCUGAAACAUCAGAAAUAAGCAACCAAAGGAAGAAUUUUGAGAAAGUCACGAUACAGUGUAAUGCACGUUUUAUUCUGAAGAUGCAUAUAGAUCCAUCCGUCAAUUGGCUUAUAUACUCACCAGUAGCAGAGUUCAAUUAUAGGAAGGGUGUAAAGGUUAUUCUUAACUGGCACCAAGAUAACAGCUGUUUGUAACCAUCGGCAAUAAAAGUUUUACCUCCCUCCAAUAAAGCAUCCUGAAAAUGAGUAGGUAAAUAUGAAUUGAAGAAAGUCUUAUCUCUUCAGUGGAAGAGACAAAUAGCCACAAAAUUCCCCCCAAACCUCAGGGGUAAAAGGGAAUCUAGAGUCAUUAGAAUUUGAUUUGUCCACCAUCCUUAGCUAAGGUGACCUGGGCAAACAUCUUCUGCUCCCAUCAACAUCACAACUAAAUGGGGCAGAAAUUCCCUCUGUUAGUCUUGGAUACAAAUUAUGUCGUUAUGUGUCUGAAACUGUUGAAUUGUAUUUUACUUUUCUGCAUAGAAGUCCUGGGCAAAAGAAAAAUUGUGAAAUUACUGCUUUUUGAAUGUUUUCAUGUAGUAUGACUUAAUAAUGCAAGAAAAUGAGGAGACACAGAGAGGGAGAGUACUUGCCCAGGUCACAUGGAAGGUAAUUUGGUUAAGAAUUAAGAUCAUAACUUUGAGAUUUUGAAAAAUAUUGAUGGAGUGCUAACUAUCAUUCAAUUAUUAUAUGAACUAUUUAGAUAUAUAUGUCCAUUGUUAAUUUUUUCCUAACAAUAACUUCGACAAAUUGGAAUAAAUGCCAUUAUUGUAUUAAAAAGACACAAGACUCAAAAA